UGGCAGCGCCGGGAGGUUCGGCAGUUGCUGGCGCGGCUCUGGCCCGAACCAGCCCGGUUCUGGGCGCUGUUCCGGGCCCCCCGCCCCGGGAUAUCUCGGGGGCGCCGUGUGUCAUCAUCGUCUUCCGCGUUUUGGCUGCGUCCAGCUUUGUUUCUGAAACUCGUAACGGCGGGCUUUGUUGAGGACGAGGGGCUCGUUUCUGAGUUAUUUCAGCUAUUGCAUGUUUCUUUCAAGUCUCGCACCGGCCAUGACCAUGCAGUUCAUCAGUCACCGGUUUCCAGAGGAUCAUGAUCCCACAAUUGAGGAUGCUUAUAAAAUACGAAUACGCAUCGAUGAUGAACCUGCCAAUCUGGAUAUCUUGGACACAGCAGGACAGGCAGAGUUUACAGCCAUGAGAGACCAGUACAUGAGGGCUGGCGAGGGAUUUAUCAUCUGUUAUUCAAUCACAGACCGUCGCAGUUUCCAUGAAGUACGUGAGUUCAAACAGCUCAUCUAUCGUGUCCGACGCACUGACGACACUCCUGUGGUCCUGGUGGGAAAUAAAUCUGAUCUGACACAACUACGGCAGGUCUCCAAAGAAGAAGGCUCUGCUUUAGCACGAGAAUUCAACUGCCCUUUUUUUGAAACUUCAGCUGCAUACCGUUAUUAUAUUGACGAUGUGUUUCAUGCUCUUGUGCGAGAAAUCCGCAGGAAAGAAAAAGAAGCAGUAAUGGCAAUGGAAAAAAAAUCAAAACCGAAAAACAGCGUGUGGAAAAGACUGAAGUCACCGUUCAGAAGGAAGAAGGAUUCAGUCACUUGAACAGAGAGAAUUCCUCUGCAAAAUAAAAUAAAACCUGUGAACACCCAUUUGUAACCAAAGCAGUUUAGUGACAACAUUUUGACAGCAUGUUUUAAACCUGGUGGGACUUCUAUGAGGGAAUGCAUAACUCUUAGCAGUUGUUUUUGUUUAGAAUGAUAUUCCCUUAAUUUUGGAUAUUUAACUUAAGACACAGUAACAGUUGUACUUUUGGUUGUUGUCAUUUCUUUUACUGGAUCCAGCAAAUGUUGCUUGUGUGUCAUUGGUUACAAAUGCCGAUAGGUUUAUGUCCCUGCACUUUUGAAUGUUUGUCUUCAGUCACUGUGUACUGGAAGCUGAAUUGUGUAAAAUAUUGCUGAAGUUCUACCCAACCUAACUUAAUUAAUUUUUUUUCCUAGUUGUUUGCACAAGAAAAUUUUGCUGCUCUCCAGAGCGGUGACCCACAUCACAAGCGGCGGCUUGUUGAGGUCGUGCUGGAGAGGAGUUUACAGAGUUUGUGUCCUGACUUGCAGCCUUAGCUGCAUGUAGAUGUCAUCAGACAGAGCUCUGUUCUUGGGUUCUCAUUGAAUAGAUUUUUUUUUUUUCCGGCAGAAGUAGUGUGGAAUACUUGUACAAGUUUAUCUAAAUUACCAGUUAAUCAGCAGUGUUGUAGGUGGGAUUCCAAACAAGCCAGAAAACGCAAAUUAUGGUUCCUAUGGCAGCUGUAACUUGGCAACGGUGCAUGAAUAUGUAGCAUUUUCCUACUGUAUAUAGCAUUUGCUGUGUUGCCAUAGCGUGUGUAACGUAAUGAUGCUGUAGGUGCUGUAGAAACCACAGCUUUGAAUCUUCUGACUUGUUAAAACUCACAGCUGUAAUGGUGCGCUGGCUUAUUUAUUUACAGUCAGUUUUAUGUUCUUGCCUUAAAGGAGCCAGAAUCUUUGUUAAGUAGAAGUCUCUAACAUGGCCAUUUCAAAUUAUUCUGUGAUAAGUAUUUUGUAAAGAAAAUGACUGAUACUGAGAUAUCUGGGCCCAGAAUUUAUCUCCCUAAUACUGGUAAGAUUCUUCCAGUGCAGUCUUAAAAAGUAGGAUUGUGGUGCUGUGGAAGGAAGCAGUUUGCUGGGCACAGUGACAGUUGUGACAGGUCCUGUCCCUGCCCAGGCAGCGCAGGGGCAGGUUUUGUGCUCAGUAAAGAGCGAUUUGGGUAAGAAGGUGCUUCUGAGGCAGACUCUCCAUACAUAGAGAUUCUCUGCUCUCAAGCUGAUUUACAUAUAUGUCGGUUAUAGAAUUUAAAUCCAUCAGAGACAUGUCUGGUGUUCCUCUUGAUUUUGUUUAAUAAUAGAACAAAUCAUAGGUAACUCAGACAUGAUCAAAACAAGUUUCUCAGAGAACUAAGUGCCUAGAAUCUUUCAGUUUAAGAAUGAAAGAGCUUAGUAGAUGAAGUGUAAUAUAGCGUCUAAUAUUUUUCAGUUGUGUCAGUAACUAUGUUAAUCUUACUGAUCAAAAAUCAGAUUUGUAAUGUCAGUCUUAGUGUGCUGCAUGUGAUAGUGCAGUCCAUAGUGCAGUCAGACCUGAAAACUCAUAUGUAAAAGGAUUAGUACAAGAAGUGAGGGUUUUUUUUUUUUUUUUUUUUGCUAAACUCCUUAUUGCUUAAGAUACAACUGGAAAUUCUGUGCCUGUUGGUUUUAAGAGUAUUUGUGUAAGAUUUAAAAAAAAUUCCUAAGGAGAAAUUUGGAGAGGGUUACAUCUUUUUAUUUUGUGGCUGAGCUAAACAUUUAAAUUGGUUUCUGUUUCUCGCUUCCUUCCAAUGCUCCGGUGUUAAUCUACAUUGGUAAUAAUCACACGUAUGUUGUUUGAAAAAGGCUGAGAAUAAUGCAGAUGGUUUAGAAUU